AUGAAGUCAAUGAUUAUAUUUUAUUUCCUAUGUAUCCUUUUAUCUUUCAUUAAUAGUGUUUUUUCGAAUUCUAAUUAUAAAAGUCGCCUGUACAAUAUAAUUCGCCAAUCGGAGAGUCAAGAUGAAGAACAAACAUUGUUAAACCUACAGUUUUUUCAAGAUUUAACUUCAACAAUAACACCACCAUUAUCAUCAAAUGAUGACUCAGAUUCGAUGGAAAAUAUACAAGAAACCAAACUACAGGCACGUAAUUCUUGGGAUUCAGAUGACGACGCUUACUUUAAAUGGGCUUCAUUGAAUCGGCGACCCAUGGAAUCAUUAAUCGGACGAAAGCGAGCAGUAGAAAAAGUUUUCACCGGAACAAAAAAUACUCGGGUUAAUACUGGUUUAUGGCGAACUGGGCUUGUUGGUUAA